AUGUAUCAACGUGGUUGGGGGCGGGAAGCCCGAGUCAAACGCCUGACGGAAUGGGCCGGGAUCUUUGCUGUUUCGAGGCAAAUACGCACAGCGGAGGAUAGGAAAUCAAUCGGCUAUCUAGUAAAUGCCACGGCCUGGAUAGUGGACCCGUUAAAUCACCAAAAGCUGGCACCCAUAGGAGCGGUGGGUGAGCUCGUAAUCGAAGGGCCCAGUCUCGCGCAGGGCUACCGGGGCGAUGCAGAAAGGACAACGUCCGUGUUUAUCCAGCGCCCGCCGUGGCUGGUGUUGCCGGCUUUGGCCAAGGGGGACGGCAGCGCGCCUCGAGUUUACAAAACAGGGGAUCUGGUCCGGUAUGCCGAGGACGGUUCCCUGGUAUACGUGCGGCGGAAGGACAAUCAAGUAAAGAUUCACGGGCAACGGCUGGAGAUCGGUGAGGUCGAGUAUCAUGUCAGACAACUCUUCCCCCAGGCCAAGACGGUGAUAGUCAUGAUUCAUGAACACCCCGACGCGGGCAGUCACCAGCGAAAUCUCAUUGCUCUCACUCUCCAUCCGGCUAAGAACGGCCACACUGGCUUUUCGCGGGGGGAAGUAGGGUUUAUGGCGGGAGACCAGGAGUACCAAUCGCAGGUGGAACAUGUCAAAGACGGCCUACGAUCUCGCUUACCAGCCUUUAUGAUUCCCCAGCUCUUUCUUCCGCUCAGCCAGAUUCCCACCACUAUUACUGGCAAAGCUGACCGCCGGUCCCUAUGCCGCGACGUCAACAAGCUGUCCUACGCUCAGCUUCAUGGCCUUACUACUCAGGGGGUAAGGACUAGAGCAGCACGGGGCAAGGCGGAAGAAGCAAUCCAUGCAGCCGUGUGUGAUGUUUUGGGUCUGGCGUCGGAGCGCUUCGGCAUGCACGACGAUUUCUUUCAUCUUGGUGGCAAUUCGGCUUCUGCCAUGAAGCUUACCAUGUCUGUUCGACGGCGAGGGCUGCGAUUGAUGAUACGUGACGUCUUCAAUCAUCCAGUGUUAGCUGACCUCGCGUCUGCUGCAAGCCUAAGCAAUGGGUGUGAGGGCCCAGCGGUCCGAACCAUGCAAUUGCUGGAGCCAGAAUCAGUCUCUGAACUAAAGCAGCUGGCAGUCUCGCAGUGCUGUAUUGAUGAAGACGUUGUCGAAGACAUUUAUCCGUCUACGGCCCUGCAAGAAGGCCUUAUCGCUAUGACUGCACGGGACGCUUCACUUUAUAAGGCGAGGGUGAUCUGCAAACUGCGCUCUAAUGUUGGCAUUGGCUCUCUUAAAGCAGCGUGGGAGCGUGUGGUACAGCUGAACGACAUCCUACGCACUCGAUUCAUCGUGUCUCCGUCGCAUGGGACGUUCCAGGUGGUUUGCAAAGCCCCCUUCUCGUGGGCACAGGCCCAGAAUCUGCAGGACCGCAUACAACAAUCAGAUGAACUUACGCACCGCGCUGGAGACAACCUCGUGCAUGCCUACAUCAUUCCCGACGAGGAGGACAGAGACUCAGCAUCUGCCUUUGUAUUCGUUGCGCAUCACGCUCUCUGCGAUCAAUGGUCCAUUCGCUUGUUACUGGACCAGCUGACAGCUGCAUAUGGACACUGCAAACUACCGAGCAACCGAUUCAGCGCGUUCAUCAGAUAUCUGUCGAAGAGGAAAUCUGAAUUCAAAGAAUACUGGAUUAGGCAGUUCCAAGGCCUCGAGGCGGUUGUGUUCCCUCCUCUGCCCUCUCCCUCCUAUACUCCUGGGGCUAGCGAGCAGGUCGACUAUGUAAUGAACCUUCUCGAAAAAUCAAACACGCAGAUCACUACGGCAAGCUACAUCAAGCUCGCAUGGGCUGUUGUCAUCUCCUGCAAUACUGGUGUCAACGAUACUGUCUUUGGCAUUACAGUCAACGGCCGAGGUGCUGCUGUCGACGGGGUCGGUGAAAUGACGGGCCCAACCAUCGCCACUAUUCCACAGCGGAUCAAGCUGUUGCCGGAGCAGACCGUCAAGGGUACACUUGCAGAGAUCCAGGCUCACUCUUUGGAGGUCAUUCCUUAUGAGCAGGCCGGUCUACAGAAUAUUCAAAAGUACUCGCCCGAGGCAAAGUCAGCCAGUAUGUUCCAAAGCCAACUGAUCAUCCAACCCUGUCCUCCAAGCCCCCCGGAUCUCUUCAAGAACUGCGACUUUUCGGCAAGUCAAACGGGAGGAUUCUCAGCUUACGGCCUCUCACUCGAAUGUCAGAUGACGCACGACGAUCGGCAUUGCGAAGUGACUGCCACCUUUGAUCCGGGCAUGAUCAGUCGAGAGCGUGUGCAGAGGUUGCUCCAACAUCUAGAACUAGUCUUGCAAGUGGCCAUGUCAGAUCCCACACGGAAAGUGGGCGACUUGCCGCGGAUGAGUCGGCAAGAUUGGGAUCAGAUACAGCGGUGGAAUGGCAAUUUGCCCUCGACCUCGAGGCAGUGCGUGCAUGAUAUUGUCCACGAACUAUCCCAAUGCCUGUGCGUAACUGCUCCCGACGGAGACCUCUCCUACGCCGAGCUGAUACAGUCCGCAAACGACGUGGCAGCCCAAUUGGUGACCCACGGCGUCGAGCCCGGCAGUUACAUCCCAGUGCUGUUCGAGAAGUGCAAGUGGUCGCCAGUGGCCAUGUUGGGUGUUUUGAAAGCAGGCGCCGCAUUUGUCCUCCUUGACCCCUCGUAUCCUCCCCAGCGUCUCCAUGCAAUUUGCGAUGGCCUGAAAUGCGAGAUCGUACUGUGCUCAAAGAAUAUGCGCGAAAGGGCGGCCUCGCUCACUUCCUCGGCUAUAGCAAUUUACGAUAAUGCCGAAUGCCUGGCGGAUGUUCCCAGCGCCACGCUCCCCGUUGUCAGUUCCGGGGACCCAGCAUAUGUUGUGUUUACGUCUGGGUCAACGGGGACUCCCAAAGGAGCGACUAUAGACCAUCAAUCUUAUUGCUCCAGCGCCGUCGCCCACAACCGCGCGCACUGCCUGGAUCGCGACUCGAGAGUGCUGCAGUAUGCUUCCUACGCAUUCGAUGUGAGCAUCAUGGAGACGCUCAGUACUCUCAUGGCUGGCGGAUGUGUCUGCAUACUCUCCGACUCGGAGCGCCAUGAUCACUUCGCCGAAUCCAUUCAGAGGUUAGCGGUUACACAUGCGUUUUUGACUCCUUCUACGGCCCGACUGCUCAUGCAGCGAGAGCUCCCAUCGCUACGCGUGCUCGUCAUGGGUGGCGAGGCGAUGUCACCGGCUGACUGCAGCUACUGGAUGAAACGUGUUCGGCUGAUGAAUGAAUACGGUAUUGCCGAAUGCGCUGUGGCGUCUACCAUCAGGGAGAUCUCAGAUGUCGGGCAGAGGGAUAUUGGGUUCCCGAUGGGCGUCGUGGCUUGGAUUGUAGAUCAGAACGAUCACGAAACUCCAGUGGCAAUUGGAGCCACUGGGGAGCUCUUGAUCGAAGGGCCGUCGGUCGGUCGAGGAUACUUUGAUAACCUGGAAGCCACCCGGCGGGCGUUCAUCGAACAGCCGGGCUGGCUGCGAGCCGUGCGCGAUGGGAAGCCAAGUCGGGUGUACAAGACCGGUGACCUGGUGCAGUACAACGAGGAUGGCUCGUUGAAUUUCAUAGGCCGGAAGGACUCGCAGAUCAAGAUCCGUGGGCAGAGGUUCGAGUUGGAGGAGGUGGAGCACCACCUUCGCCAGAUCGACGAGAUCCAGGAAGCAACGGCAGUGGUUGCGCCGCCGUCGGAUAGACAGAAACAACCGUAUCUGGUUGCGUUCAUUGUCCCGAGAGGCCGCAAAUCCUUCUGUGUCCACUCUGCAAACGCACUGAUUACGCAUCCUACAGAGGAAUUCCGCCACUUGGCUGGAGCCAUUCAGUCGAAACUGCGCUCGAUCCUCCCAGCCCACAUGGUGCCAUCGGUGUAUCUUCCAGUCAGCCGGAUGCCAAAGACCAGCAGCGAUAAAGUCGACCGCUGCAGACUGAAGGAGGAAGUCGGGAAAUGGUCAUGGUCAGAUCUCCAGUCGUUUAGUGUCUCGAACACGGCACGCAGGGCUCCCUCCACUAGGGUCGAGCAGGAUUUACAGCGGGUAUGGUCGCAGAUCCUCGGGAUCCCUCUGGACAGCAUUGGCGUGGAGGACAGCUUCUUCCACCUCGGAGGUGACUCCAUCACUGCCAUGCAAGUUGUUGCAAAGGCACGGUCUUGCGGCCUUGAACACUCCAUCCAAGAUAUUAACCAACUCAAAUCUAUCGAAGCAAUUGCCAGAAAAGUCGGAGUGCUUCCUUCCGACAUCGCACAGCCCGUUGUAAAGGAUGAGGUGACGGAUGAGCUGUUUGGCUUGACGCCGAUUCAAGAAUUCUUCUUCGAAAUGUACCCUGAGGGAACCCGCCGGUUCAACCAGAACAUCCUCGUCCAUUUCCAAAGGCAGGUUGCAGACAGCGACGUGGAGAGGGCGGCAAUCACGUUGGUCCAAAACCACGCAAUACUCCGUUCUCGCUAUGCCCGGCAGAAGGACGGGUCGUGGAAGCAGUUUCUCGCGGGCUACACCAAGCAAUGCUUCCAUUUCAGAAUGCACAAGGUCAAUUCAAUACAGGAGAUGCGUCAUAUAAUCGGCCAGAGUCAGACAUCGCUGGACCCGGAACACGGCCCAGUCUUCACCGUGGAUCUGUUCGACCAUGACGGACAGCAGUCCCUUUUCAUGAUCGGGCAUCACUUGGUGCUUGAUCUUGCUUCCUGGCGCAUUAUUCUAGCUGAUAUGGAGGCGAUGAUUCUUGACCCUCAACAUGAGCCCCAGCUCACAAUGUCUUUCCAAACGUGGGCUCGUCUGCAGGCCGAGUACGGCGCACAUCAACUGGAACCGCCACCCGUUCAUCAGCUCUGCAGGAUAGACGAGCUCUCGAUGCGCAAGUUCUGGGGAGCGGAGAACAACGCAAACACAGGGGGAGACUCCAAGACGAGGCUGAUCCGCCUGAACGAGCAAAUCACCAACAAGCUCUUUGGCCCUUCCAGCCAAGCUCUGGACGUCGAACCGGUUGAGCUCCUCCACGCAGCCAUCCUCCUCUCCUUUGUCCGGACCUUUCCCCACCGCCCUGCUCCCUGCAUCUUCGGUGAAGCUCACGGCCGCGAGACAUGGGAUGCCUCGAUCGACGUCACCCAGACGGUCGGAUGGUUCACCACUCUCUGGCCUGUGCUCGCACAGGUGAGCCCGUCCGAUAGUCUCGUGACGGCUGUGCGUACCGUGCGGCAAGCUCGACGGGCAAUGGAGAUGCACGGAUGGAAGCAUUUCACAUCGAUAUACCACAACACCACGCAGGAGAGAUGCAGCGCCGGGACGCACCUGAUGGAGAUCACCUUCAACUACGCGGGAAAGUUCCAGCAGGUCGAGCAGGCCGGUGGUCUCUUCCGCAUGGAGCCCAUGGCAAAGCAGAAUCUGUUUGAUGGGGCGGGCGAGCUGGGCCGGUGGGCCAUGCUCGAGAUCAAUUCGGUUAUUCUUAACGGCAUGUUGGAGUUUCAUGUUACCUACAAUCGGGGGACUGAUGAGGCUCGUGUCCUGACUCCGUGGAUGGAUAAUCUUGUCAAGUGCCUUGAAGACCUUGCGAGCACUUAUGCUUAG